AUGAGCAAGCAAGACCAGGACGAUUCAAAGAACAAUCCUUACUAUUUGCCACAAUUGUCUUGGACAGACCAUGAAGAAUCAAAGAUAGUUAGGACCCUGGACACACGCUUGUUUCCCUGGAUCCUUCUCACCACCUUUGUUCUCAAUAUGGACCGUACCAAUCAUUCCAAUGCCGUUUCAGAUAACUUGGCAGCGGAUUUGGGCUUCACAAAUAACACUGUCAACUUGGGAAUAGCGAUAUAUUCUGUGAUAUUCUCCUUCGCCUGUCUUAGUGGUGCUGUCAUAUCGAAGAUUGUUGGACCUGCUCGAUGGAUUCCGGUCCUGAUGUUCGCCUGGGGUCUCGUCACCAUGGCACAUGCCCUGAUUACCGAUAGAGGCGGUUAUCUUACAGUGAUCGCAUUAACCGAAGGCGGCGUCAUUCCCGCAACAUUGGUCUACUUGGGUUCCUUCUACAAAGGCACCGAGCUAGCUACUCGCUUGGCGUGGUUCUGGGGUAUUCAGACCAUCGCAAGUGCAGUUAGCGGGCUGAUGGCUAGUGGGCUUCUUCAGCUUCGAGGAGUCGGAGGUCUGGAAGGCUGGAAGUGGCUAUUCUUGAUCGACGGUAUUAUCACGGUAGUUGUUGCUGUCGCGACAUGGUUUUAUCUCCCGAGGAACAUUACUCAGACCGUUGGUGGCCUUCGAGGAUGGAAACCUUGGUUCGACGAAAAGGAACUUUGCAUUGGUGUCACGCGAGUUGUUCGAGACGACAUUUCGAAGCGUGUCUAUGAGCAAAAGGUCAAGUGGUCCGACGUGAAAGACGCCGCCACAGAUCUUGGUUUGUGGGGACAUCUGCUCAUCACGAUCUCCCGACCUGUUAUCAAGUCUUUCCAUUUUAACGUCUUCGUUGCAAACGCUUUAACUGCACCCCCAUACGUACUUCAAUGCAUAAUGAUGGUUAGCUUCAUCUGGCACUCCGACAGAGUCAGAGAACGUGGAUUGCAUGGUGCAUUUGGUGCGGCUUGGCAGCUUGUGGGAUGGAUCUUACUUCGAGCAUUGCCUUCAGGAACUAGCAGAGGUGUCAAAUAUUUUGCGGCCGUUGUAGUCGCUGCUUGGCCUUAUACACAUCCGCUAAAUAUUGCUUGGAUGUCAGAAAAUACGGGGAGUGUCGGAAAGAGAACCCUUGCAUCAGGCUGCGUCAUAUUUGCUGCGAACAUCUAUGGAGGUAUGUUCGAUGAAACGAGUAUUUAUACCGAGUCCUCAUCUGCAUUUAAGAUAUACCAGAGCGAUGAUUCACCAGAUUAUAAACGGGGGAAUACAAUCAACAUUUGCUUCGCAGGUGUUGCAUUAAUCCUAUGGUUCAUACAGAAAUACUACUACCGUUAUCGAAACGCACGGAAUGCAACCCUCUAUGCUGAACUGAGUGAGCACGAGAAAGUAGAAGAAAACGAUGGAGCGGAGGAGAGGGGAAACCGAGGCCUCACCUUUAGAUUUACUACAUAG